AGCUGUGCUGAUCCCACGUGUGACGCUUGCAUUCCCGGUUCAGUAAUAUUCUCAUAGCGGGGCUUCGCUUUGCUUUUGCCGUGUUUGUGUGUGUUUGUUAGUUUUUCUGCCCGUAGUUUGAUUAGCAAUGGAAGGAGACGGGAGUCAAGCCACCUCUGGAAACUCAAAUGAUUCGCAACAUGACCCGGGUAAAAUGUUUAUCGGUGGCCUCAGCUGGCAAACAUCACCAGACAGCCUUAGAGACUAUUUUAGUAAAUUCGGGGAAAUAAGAGAAUGUAUGGUGAUGAGAGAUCCCACGACAAAACGAUCCAGAGGGUUUGGAUUCGUUACGUUUGCAGAUGCCGCCAGCGUAGAUAAAGUCUUAGCGCAAACGCACCACGAAUUAGACUCAAAGACGAUUGACCCUAAAGUUGCCUUUCCUCGACGCACUCAACCUAAGAUGGUCACAAGAACAAAGAAAAUAUUUGUGGGCGGCUUGUCAGCCAACACGGUAGUGGAAGAUGUGAAGCAGUAUUUCGAACAGUUUGGAAAGGUAGAAGACGCCAUGCUUAUGUUCGAUAAGACGACUAACAGGCAUCGAGGUAGAAUGUAAGAAGGCCCAACCAAAGGAGGUGAUGUUCCCCCCGGGGGCCAGAGGACGAGCCAGGGGCCUGCCCUACACCAUGGACGCCUUCAUGCUGGGGAUGGGCAUGCUUAGUUACCCAAACAUUGUGGCGACGUAUGGCCGCGGAUACACUGGAUUUGCCCCCAGCUAUAGCUACCAGUUCCCCGGUUUCCCAGCGGCGACGUAUGGUCCGGUGGCGACGGCGGCGGCGGUAGCGGCGGUAGCGGCAGCGCGAGGCUCAGGUGCCAACCCUCCACGCCCGGGCGGCUUUCCUGGUGCCAACAGCCCGGGCCCUGUGGCUGACCUGUACGCGGCCGCCAGCCAGGACUCUGGCGUGGGCAACUACAUCAGCGCUGCCAGCCCCCAGCCCGGGUCCGGCUUUGGACACAGUAUCGCUGGCCCGUUGAUAGCGACAGCGUUCACAAACGGAUACCACUGAACCGGAGCAGAUGGUUGGUGGCCAUCUCGGUGGAGAAGAGUAUGUUGGGAGGACCUGGGAAGCCGGAAGUGACAUUCUAAUUGGUUUAGUGUACAGUUGAUGUCAUGAGACUUCAAGCACUACAGCAUCCCACUGGUGAAGGAGACAAGGAGAUGGCACCAUAUUCAAAGAACAAAAGAGUUUUUUCAAAGAUUAGUCAAGAUCAUCUCACGAAAAAAAAAAAAAAAAACUGCUGUACCAUAAAUCCAAACUUCUAUAUUCAGAUAUAUAUUUGUUGAAUGGCAAAUUCUUUUCUUUCAUCCUACUUCUUGCCAUUUUACUUGUGACUUUUUAUGUGUAAUUGUAUGUCUUUUUUUCUACGUUCAUUGUUUUAUCCCCAAUCCCACACCUCAACAUUAAUAGAAUUAACCUUGAAAGAGUUAAUAAGUCUAUUGCCUUUGGUACACUACUUGGCGAGUUCAUAACGUGUCAUUACUACGCACAUGUAAAACAAGUGAGAAGACUGAACAAGUGGGUAAAAGCACGUGUUUCAUUUCAAGUGGAAAUUGAGAAGGUAAAAAUAUAAACUCAUAGUAUCUGUUUUUAAUUAAUGUGGUGUCUCAUUAUUUGACCAUAAUUACCUAUUUUUGGGCAAUACAAAGAGGACUCCAAUAUUUUUAUGGUCCUUUUUUUUAUAAGUGUUGUUUUUUGUCGUUUAGAAACAAAAAUGUAUACUAUAACAUUUUUCAUAUAAAUACAUUGUGAAUUGAGAUUUAAGAAAAUGUAAAUAUUAUACCAGUCUCUGCAUAUAACCAACUGAGAAUGAAAAAAGACAUAUUUUUUCUGAUGGUGUCUCAACAAAGUGUCCCCAGGGUGUAAAAAAAAACAAAAGAAAUCUAACUCAAAAAGACUAUCACUCAGUUGUUACUGAAAGACAGCAGAUAUCCUUGUGGUAAUAUAUUAUGAUAUAUCAGAGUACUGAUGUCUUGCUCUGUAAAUAAAACCAAGCUGAACAGCAUCAUAAGUGUCAUACCAGCAUAUUUCCAAAUGAAGAGAACAGUUUGCUGUUUAAGAAAAACAAACAAACAAAAAAACAAAUAUGGAGGCUUCUAACAUCACAACUGACAUCCAAGGGAUAGGUAUCAUUUUGAAGAGAAUAAUGACAAAAUCCAAAGCACACUGUAUUUAGUGUUAAAGAGAACAACUGAAUUCUAUCCAGAUAUUUUACAAUGACCUUCGCAUCCUGACACUUUUAUACUCUAGAGAGGGAAAAAAAUGUACUGUGUUAUUUGUUGAUGUUGUCGUUGUUUGUUUGUUGUCAUUUGUCUGCUCCAGACGGUUCCGCUCUGCUUCAGAACACAAGUUCUGGAUUCUUAUGUAGCAGAGCCGGUGAGGACAGCUUAUUAUUUUGCUCUGUUCUCUUUUGAAAGAAAAACGAAGGCAAACAUUUUGAUAUCAUACCUCAGCCCCGUGUCUCUCACCUGGGGGGAAAAGUUAACUAAUUUAAUUUAUUUUCAGUAGUUCAUGAGAGAGUUAAAAUAAGAAAACUAUUGAUGGAGUACAAGGAAAUAGAAUCAUUGCACUGUGACCUGAAUGAAAGAUUUGAACCAUUUUUUUGUUUGUUGGUUUGUUUGUUUGUUUGUUUUUUAAAAAUGUUGGUAAUGUUGGUCCUGACAAUUAGUAAGGUAUGAAGAGCUGUUGUAACAUGAAUGUCAAAACAAAGCAAUGAAUACCAAUUUAUAACCUAAUGUCUUGAUUUUAGAGAGGGGAUACAGCCAGUCUCUUGUGAUAUGGGUUUGGUGUCAGAUGAGACACAGCUCACGAUAAUUCGUAGUAGUAAUCAUAGAUGCUGUGCAGAAUUGGAAUAGGACUGGUUUAAGACAGAUAGAUUCAAAAGGGGAUCUGAUUUAGAGUGCAGAUUGUUAUGAUAAUGGUUUAUUGUAUAUUCUGAUGUACAUUUGUCUUUUUUCCUGCUGCAAAUGUAUUGUUUUAUCUAUUUUCUUGUUUUGUUUUUGUUUGAUUUUGUUGGUUAUGAUGUUGAAAACAACCAGGUGAAGCUAGAUGCUGGAUGCUUUUUAAAAUAAUGUGGAGAUAUGAUCAAGUAAUAAUUUAACCUGAGAAAAAAAUGGAAGAAAACUAUUGUAAAGUUCACAUGUAAACAGACAAACAAAUGAAAUACAAAACGAAAAAAAAAAGAAAAAAAAAGAUGCUCCUGAUUGCUGAUUUCAAUUUUGCAACAGGGUUUUAUUGACAUUUUUGUGGUUGUUAAUAAUUAUAUGAAUAAUUAUAAUAAUGAUAUUAUUCUAAUGUACGGUGCAUCCAUCAAUUCCUCUCUCACCACCCUCCCAUCAUCAUGACGAUAUACAAUCUUUAGUUCAUCAUUGUAUUUCAUUCUUGUGCAAAAGAAGACCUCGUAACAGAGUGCUGUUUUUGAGAACUAGUGUAGAUGUCGAUCUUCUUUGAUGUUCUCGCCACGAUCCUCCUCUCACCUUCCUCUAGUCUUUGUAAGUAGUCGUAGAUGUUAUGUAUUUAGAAUAAAUCUUGUAGUUUGUAGCAGAUUUAGGACCAGUAAGGAUAGAACUUUCUCAUAUUAUCAGUGCUUGACACAAAAUUGCAACCAGUUCAUUUUAUAGCAAUUUUGCUGUACUGUAUUUUUUUCUUUCUUUUUUGUGUUUGCAGUUUUCACAUGGUUUCAACUAACCAAAGCUUACAGAUGAGAAUUAUAGAAAUGCUGUAAGAUGGACUUUUAAACUGCAUUCUUUGGAUCCCCACACCUUGAAUGUUUUGAAAGGGGGUGUGCCAUACUACCUUAAAAGCUAAUGCAAGACUUUUAUUUUGGAUUAUUUUCUAAGAGGGACACAAGCUAUAAUUAAAAAGAUUUUAUGUCAAAGAAAAUCUUAUUUUUUUAGAAAGUUCGCACAGACUAAUAAUGAUGAUUACAAUAAUUAUUAUUAUGAUAUUACUAAUAAAACGUGUUCUAUGUUUUGAUGUUUGUACACUUUGAAAAAUAUCCCGAGUGCCUCUGGCACUGCUAUUUUUGGAUACCACUCUGUUUUCUAAACGCGUCUGCCUUUUACAGAUUCUUUUUCUUUUCUUUUUUGUCUCAUAAACACCUGAAUUGGACACAUUGGGAAUUAUUUUUGUACUCUCUACCAAGGACACCAGUGCUUUACUUUAAUCAAAACAAGAAACUUGUUUAUUUUGCCUCGAAACUGUAUCAUAACGAGGCUGAAGGUAGCAUGUUGAUACAACAACGAUAGAACCAUGCAACGGAUGGGCUGGAUUGAUUGCAGUGUUACUUGGAAUUGAAUUGAUGAUCAAUCUCUGAAUUGAUUUGUCUACAAAGUCUUGCCUAUAUAAUCCUUUAAAUUGGCAAAAGUAGAAGCAGUUACACAGACACUCAUAGUACAUGGAUUUCAGAUGAUAUGCAAACCCAUUGAAUGUUGCCAUUAGACAGUAAAGAUCUCUGCUCUGCUCUGCUUGCCAUAGGAUGUCUAUUCUUUUGAAUGAGAUUUCAUUGCCUUCCAGGUUGAAUGGCUUCUGGUUAUGGUUUUAGUUUGCUUUGUGAGGUUAGGACAAACUGCUGGCUAUAGGCUACAACAAGAAGUUGGUGUAGGCCCCUUUCAGAAGCUAGCAAAAUGACUAUCUAUUGCUGACUAGCUAGCUAGCUAGCCAGGUGGCUUACAGGGUAGUUUGUGUCCAGAGGUACAGGGUUUAGGACUAAACCAGAUGCAUGGUAGGGACCUUCUCCAUGUGCAGGGUAAAGAUUCAUUUGUGGCCCUCUCUCAAAUGCAGAACCCAGUCAGAUCAGUACAGAUGAGAUCAUAUACUGUAGCCUAAUUAAUACCUUUCCUUUCACUUUCGUCCAGACAUAGAGAAGACAUCUCGCAGGCAGUGAAGCAUUUAGAGAGAGAAAGAGUGUGGGAGACCACGAGUUGCUGGUAAUUUGUUUUUCGGAAACCUUCCUCAAUGAAUGAAGUUUUGAUUAAACUAAAGGCUGGUAAUCCACAAAAAUAGUUACACCAUCUCUAUUUUUAGUGACCUAGGGUUUUUUUCCGCUUUUUUUUUUUUUUGUGUGUGACUUUUGAUCCCGUAGCUUGGACUUUAAGGUAGCAUGGCUCAGUUUACAUCAUUUUAUUUUCCAUUGACGGCAAAUAACAGCUGAUGAAUGUUACACAUCUUACUAGAUUAGUGAUUUCAUUGGAUAACUGUUGGUUUCGAAAAAAAAUAUAAAUAAAAAAAGGAUGAAAAAAAUG